CUCGACAUAGACCCAGAAUAACGAUGUUCCAGUGCCUCAGAAGAAAACAAACCCAGACACUAUCAACGCUGGAAGAUCUGCUCACUAUGUUCCGGUGUCCAACAAAGAAUGAUAAACGGCCGCUGCGGACGUUCGAAGGCUGGCUCAAGGGAAUUAAACACAUCAAGGAUCCUCUCGAGUUGACCAGCUUCCUAUUCUCAGACUGGUCAUCCUCCACCGACAAGGUCAAAAUUCUCCUCUUGGUGCCGAAAAUGGCCUUUUGCAACGAUGUUGGCAUGAAGCUAUUGGAGUCCCGACUGGAAGACCCGAUGUACGCUCAGCUUGCGCAACUCGUGCGCUGGCUCAUAUUUAGCAACGGGUUUGAUUCCAGCCAGAAAAGAGACUUGAAUGGGCCAGUAGAUUACUGUGUUCGAUAUUGGAAGGCACCGGGUUGCCCAACGCGAAAUAUAUGCCCAGGGGGGAUGAAGGCCUUACAGAAGUCGCUAACACUGCUUGGGGACAGUACGAAUGAGAGCCACAAAGACAUCCCGGCUCACUGCAUACGAAAAGGAACUCUAGGACCUAAGCAAUAAAUACUGGAGUGUUAACCGCUGUAUCAGGCAACGUGAAAGUGCAAUACCAGCAGGAACUCUCAACAAAGCCGCCAAGUCAUGG